CGCUGCGAUGCUGCGAGGCCAGCGGCACCAGCAGCAGGGCUGGCAUCGCCGGGCCGCGGGGCCUGCCGGCCUGCUGCCUUGGCUGAUGCUGGCCUCUGCCUGUGCUGCACCCUGCCGCGAGACCUGCUGCCCCAUAAGCCCCUCCGGGCUGCGUUGCACCGAGGCUGGGGCCCUGGAUAGCCUCCGCCGCUUACCGGGCAUCGAGAACCUGACCGAGCUCUACGUGGAGAAUCAGCCGCAUCUGCAGCGCCUGGAGUUUGGGGACCUGCAGGGCCUGGGGGAGUUGAGAAGCCUCACCAUUGUGAAGAGUGGUCUCAGCUUUGUGGCUCCAGAUGCCUUCCAUUUCACCCCUCGACUCAGUCAUCUGAACCUGUCCUCCAAUGCUCUGGAAUCUCUCUCCUGGAAAACAGUGCAGGGCCUCUCCCUACAGGAGCUGGUCCUGUCGGGGAACCCACUGCAUUGUUCCUGUGCCCUGUACUGGUUGCAGCACUGGGAACAGGAGGGGCUAUGUGCUGUGCAUGCACAGAAGCUACAGAGCUCCAAGCCUGGGGAUCAGCUCCUCCCACUCAGGCAAAACACCAGCUGUGGUGUACCCACGCUGACGGUCCAGAUGCCCAAUGACUCUGUGGAAGUGGGGGACAAUGUAUUGCUGCAGUGCCAGGUGGAGGGGCAGAGCCUGCAGCAGGCUGGCUGGACUCUCACAGAGCUGGAGGGGACAGCCACAGUGACGAAAUCUGGGGAUCUGCCAUCCCUGGAGCUGACCCUGAUCAAUGUCACCAGUGAUCUCAACAGGAAGAAUGUGACGUGCUGGGCAGAGAAUGACGUGGGCCGAGCUGAGGUUUCUGUCCAAGUCAACGUCUCCUUCCCAGCUAGUGUGCACCUGAGCAGAGCAGUGGAGCAACAUCACUGGUGCAUACCUUUCUCCGUGGAUGGGCAGCCAGCACCCUCUCUGCGCUGGCUCUUCAAUGGCUCUGUGCUCAAUGAGACGAGCUUCAUCUUCACUCAUUUCCUGGAGUCAGCACUGACCAAUGAGACCAUGCGGCAUGGCUGCCUCCGCCUGAACCAGCCCACCCAUGUCAACAAUGGGAACUACACGCUGCUGGCUGCCAACCCCUAUGGCCAGGCCUCCGACUCCAUCAUGGUUGCCUUCAUGGACAACCCUUUUGAGUUCAACCCUGAGGAUCCCAUCCCUGUCUCCUUCUCACCAGUGGACACUAAUAGCACAUCAAGAGACCCGGUGGAGAAGGAUGAAACACCUUUUGGGGUCUCUGUGGCUGUGGGCCUGGCCAUCUCUGCUGCCCUUUUCCUUUCUGCCCUGCUCCUCGUGCUCAACAAAUGCGGACAGAGAAGCAAGUUUGGGAUCAACCGCCCUGCUGUGCUGGCUCCAGAAGAUGGGCUGGCCAUGUCCCUACAUUUCAUGACAUUGGGUAGCAGCUCUCUUUCUCCUACUGAGGGCAAAGGAUCCGGACUCCAGGGCCACAUCAUGGAGAACCCACAGUACUUCAGUGAUGCCUGUGUCCAUCACAUCAAGCGCCAGGACAUUGUGCUCAAGUGGGAGCUGGGCGAGGGUGCCUUUGGGAAGGUCUUCCUCGCCGAAUGCCACAACCUGCUGAGUGAACAGGACAAGAUGCUGGUGGCUGUCAAGGCACUUAAGGAGGCAUCAGAGAGCGCCAGGCAGGACUUCCAGCGUGAGGCUGAGCUGCUCACCAUGCUACAGCACCAGCACAUUGUGCGCUUCUUUGGAGUUUGCACCGAGGGCCGCUCGCUGCUCAUGGUCUUUGAGUACAUGCGCCACGGGGACCUCAACCGCUUCCUUCGGUCACAUGGGCCUGAUGCGAAGUUGCUGGCUGGAGGGGAGGAUGUGGCUCCCGGUCCUCUGGGCCUUGGGCAGCUGCUGGCUAUUGCUAGCCAGGUGGCUGCAGGCAUGGUAUACCUGGCUAGCCUGCACUUUGUGCACCGGGACCUGGCCACACGCAACUGUCUAGUGGGUCAGGGACUAGUGGUCAAGAUCGGGGACUUCGGCAUGAGCAGGGACAUCUACAGCACAGACUAUUACCGGGUGGGAGGUCGGACCAUGCUGCCCAUCCGCUGGAUGCCCCCAGAGAGCAUCCUCUACCGCAAGUUUAGCACUGAGAGCGAUGUGUGGAGCUUCGGGGUAGUACUCUGGGAGAUCUUCACCUAUGGAAAGCAGCCCUGGUACCAGCUCUCCAACACUGAGGCGAUCGAAUGCAUCACGCAGGGCCGUGAGCUGGAGCGGCCCCGUGCCUGCCCUCCGGACGUCUAUGCGGUCAUGCGAGGCUGCUGGCAGCGUGAGCCGCAUCAGCGACACAACAUGAAAGACGUGCACGCGCGGCUGCUGGCCCUGGCGCAGGCACCACCGGGAUACCUGGACGUCCUGGGCUAGGGGCCGAGCCUGGGUGUCGCACUGGCUGCCCUUGGUCGCUCAGCGCCCAGGAGCCCCGACACUCAGGCCUCUCGCCCUCAGCAUGUGGAGGGAACCGGCAGGGCUGGGAGAGGAGGGUGUCCUUGCUUCUUAGCCAGCAUCCAUCAUAAUAGCAAUUAUAUUUAUCAUC